AUGGCCGGUGGUGCUAUUAUCCCCCAAGGGAUGCUGCUGCUGCUGCUAAUCGAAGGAGGCUGUGAGCGGUGUGAAUCAGCUAAGCGGCUCCUGGAGAAAAGGCUGCUGCUGCUGCUGCGCAAUGGGGUUCCGGCAGCACCAGAAACGUCUCUCGUCUAG